UCGGAGCCGGCUUCUCUCCCCCCCCCCCCCUCCGCCCCGUUUAUCCCCCACUUGUGUACGCUAUUUGUUCGGGGGGUGGCCGAAGGGGAUGUCCUGUUUUCACCAGAGGCACAGCGCGAAGAGGAAACUUCGGCACUGGAAGGAAAGAGAAUAAAUACCGACGCACCGACCUGCGGUGGGGAAGCACACUUGAACUUCGGGACUCCUAGGCGGCCAGAGAGACAAGAGAUAGUCCAUUUUCAAUUGAAGGACGCUGCUUCUACGUGGGAGUGGCAGGAGAGUGAGAGAACCACAUGGAAGACUCCCAGGACUUAAAUGAGCAAUCAGUGAAGAAAACGUGCACAGAAUCUGAUGUUUCAGAACCUCAGAAUUCCAGGUCUAUGGAAAUGCAGGACCUAGCAAGUCCACACACACUUGUUGGAGCUGGUGAGGCCCCUGGUGGCUCCAAACUGGACAAAUCUAAUCUCAGCAGCACUUCAGUCACAACAAAUGGCACAGGAGGGGACAACAUAACUGUUUUAAAUACAGCUGACUGGCUGCUGAGUUGCAGCACACCCUCCUCUGCAACAAUGUCUCUUCUUGCAGUCAAAACAGAGCCCCUGAACAGCAGUGAAACCACGACCACGACUGGAGACGGAGCGCUUGACACUUUUACUGGGUCAGUCAUAACUAGUAGUGGCUACAGCCCCAGAUCAGCACACCAGUAUUCCCCACAGCUGUAUCCUUCCAAGCCCUAUCCACACAUUCUUUCUACACCAGCAGCUCAAACAAUGUCUGCCUAUGCAGGCCAGACUCAAUAUUCCGGGAUGCAACAGACAACUGUCUACACAGCCUACUCGCAGACUGGACAGCCCUACAGCCUUCCCACUUACGAUUUGGGUGUGAUGUUGCCCGCCAUCAAAACAGAGAGUGGACUUUCCCAAACUCAGUCUCCAUUGCAGAGUGGCUGCCUAAGUUACAGCCCCGGGUUCUCUACCCCACAGCCGGGCCAGACGCCGUAUUCUUACCAAAUGCCAGGUUCCAGUUUUGCACCAUCAUCUACUAUCUAUGCAAACAAUUCAGUUUCCAAUUCAACGAAUUUUAGUGGUUCACAGCAGGAUUAUCCAUCCUACACAGCCUUUGGCCAAAACCAGUAUGCCCAGUAUUACUCAGCAUCUACAUAUGGAGCUUACAUGGCAUCCAAUAACACAGCUGAUGGAACACCGUCGUCGACCUCAACGUAUCAGUUGCAGGAAUCCCUUCCAGGACUGACCAGUCAACCAGGAGAGUUUGAUGCCGUGCAGAGUCCCUCCACACCUAUCAAAGAUCUGGAUGAGAGAACGUGUAGGGGUUCUGGGUCAAAGUCCCGGGGAAGAGGCCGGAAAAAUAAUCCUUCCCCGCCUCCGGAUAGUGACCUGGAGCGCGUUUUUGUCUGGGACUUGGAUGAAACCAUCAUUGUUUUUCACUCACUGCUCACAGGGUCUUAUGCACAGAAGUAUGGCAAGGAUCCUCCAAUGGCUGUAACCCUUGGACUCCGCAUGGAGGAAAUGAUUUUUAAUCUUGCUGAUACACAUUUGUUUUUUAAUGACUUAGAGGAAUGUGAUCAAGUUCAUAUAGAUGAUGUUUCAUCAGACGAUAAUGGACAAGACUUAAGUACCUACAGUUUUGCAACUGAUGGCUUCCAUGCAGCUGCAAGUAGUGCAAACCUUUGUUUGCCAACAGGUGUAAGAGGAGGAGUUGACUGGAUGAGGAAGUUGGCUUUUCGUUACAGAAGAGUAAAAGAAUUAUAUAACACCUACAAGAAUAAUGUCGGAGGACUUCUGGGCCCCGCCAAGAGGGAUGCAUGGCUGCAGUUAAGGGCAGAGAUUGAAGGUCUGACAGAUUCCUGGCUAACGAAUGCACUGAAGUCUCUUUCAAUUAUUAGUACUAGGAGUAACUGUGUAAAUGUCUUGGUGACAACAACCCAGCUGAUCCCCGCUCUUGCAAAGGUUCUACUCUAUAGCUUAGGAGGUGCUUUCCCCAUCGAGAAUAUUUACAGUGCAACAAAAAUAGGAAAAGAAAGUUGCUUUGAACGAAUAAUGCAAAGGUUUGGCAGAAAAGUAGUAUAUGUUGUAAUUGGGGAUGGUGUAGAAGAAGAACAGGCAGCAAAAAAGCACAACAUGCCCUUUUGGAGGAUAUCAAGUCAUUCAGACCUCUUGGCUCUGCAUCAAGCACUGGAACUAGAGUAUUUGUAACUGUGUUCUCUAACUGGAGACCCCCUUUUUAUAUUUCAAGUACACUGAAUUUUUAUGUGUGAUUCAGUGCCUCUGGCUCUACACAUAUAAAAUGUCUUAAAAGGAUGAUAUCAUAUGUGGGAUGAAAAUUCCAGAAUGAAGAAUUCAGAGUGCUGAAUGGAAUUAAACUGUAGUGCUACAGAAAGGAAACAAUGGUCUUAUAUUUACAACACUUUAAUUAAAAAAAAAAAAGUUGUGGUGGUUGCUGGGACAAAUUGAGUCCUAACUGGAAUUGACAGCUUUAGCAAAGAACUCUACCGCUGAAGAGCAGCAGCUUCCACACUGCGUCGGACAAGGUGAUCAGCAACAUUCCUCACCAUGGGAGAUCUUCUCAGCCCUGAGGUUUGAAUCUGACUUUAGCCUACCUAGCCCAGAAAAUCUGAAUUGGGAUGCACUCAGACUGUAUAAAGGACUGUCCUAUCCAGACCUGUAAUUUGUGUAAAUUAUUGAUGGAAAUAAUUUACUGUGACUUUAUUAACAGCUGACUUUGAAAGUGGAUGCAAUUUUUCUUUCAUUUGUUAGGGAGGGCACUGGGAUGGGGAAUGGGGAUAUGUCUCUUUUUUAAGUUGGGCAAACAGAAUGUUCAUCCUGAUAUGUUGUGCCUUAAAGACAAGACAAUGUUUGUGUGUUACAAUGUAACUUUGGUUAAAAAUCUCUGUAG